UGAAGUUCUUCUCUUUUAGGAUGAUCAGGCCACUGGUGAUGUGUCUCAUCUUCUGUCUGGUCUACGGCAACAGUAAACCAACCAAGAAGAAUCAUGUCCUUCGCAAGGAACCGCUCAGUGAUCUCGACCAUGAUGAUUCUGAUAACCACAACUUUCACCAUGAUGCCUUCCUCGGUCAGGAGGAGGCCAAGACGUUUGAUGACCUUCCUCCAGAGGAGAGCAAGCGUCGACUGGGCCUCAUUGUGGACAAGAUUGAUGCAAACAAUGAUCAGUUUGUCACUCUGGAGGAGAUGGAGGACUGGAUCAGUAAUGUUCAUAAGAAAAGUAUGCAUGAGAACACAGAGCUGCAGUGGAAUGACUUGGACAAGAACAAUGACAGCCUAAUCAGCUGGGAUGAGUACAAGGAAUCCACCUACGGAAAGAAUUCCGCAGACACCCCACAAAAAGACGGAGAGGAAGGCUACAAGGUGAGGAUGGUGAAGGAUGAGCGGCGCUUCAGGACCGCGGACAGGAACGGUGACAUGGCUGUGGACAAAGAAGAGUUCAUGGCCUUUCUGCAUCCAGAAGACUUUGAACAUAUGACGAUCACGUUGGUGAUGGACACACUCGAUGAGGUUGACAAGAAUGGAGACGGCUUUGUGGAUGUGGACGAGUACAUUGAUGACCUGUCCGGUCCAAACACCCGUCAACUAGAAGAAGAACCAGAGUGGGUGAAGACAGAGCAGAAACAUUUUGCCAAAUUAUACGACAAGAACAAAGACGGAAAGCUGGACCAGGAUGAGGUGCGGAGCUGGAUUAUGCCAGACAACAACGCUGUGAAUGCUGAGGGCAAGCACCUGAUGGAAGAGGCCGACAGCAACAAGGAUGGGAAGCUCACCAAGCAGGAGAUCCUGGAGCAUCACAAACUUUUCGCUGGAAGUCAAGUGACGGAGUACGGCGACGCACUGCUGCACCAUGAUGAGUUCUGAACGCCAAGCUUUAGGUUUUUAUCAAAUCCAGCCC